UUUGCUCGAUUUUCGAAAACUAAUCAUGAAGAAUCAGAAGAAUCAUGGAGUUAUCAUAAAGAAAUUAGUCAAAACUCCAACACCGUAGUUUGUGCCACUACGUGAAGUUUAUGGCUCUACGGAAUCGAUUUCGCACCUUUCUUGGCCUAGACCGUCCUCAGAAAGAUUCUCUUGAUGGAGGCUCUACGGAGAACCUAUCUGAAAUUUUAUAUAAGGAUGAUGUGCGUGAAUUCCAGGAUGACCCUCGUAGUGAUGAAGAGGUGUUAGGAUCAAUAAAAGAGAUAUAUUUCAGUGACACCUCAUUUGAUUCCAGUGAUUAUGAACUUCAUCAACUUCCAGAAGUUCUAGAUCUUGAUGAACUGGAUGAUUACAGAAAUGAUCUUCGACGACAACUCCAGGCAGUCUCAAAAACACUGUACACAAAGGUUCUUGAAAAUCACAGUGCAUAUGUACAGGAAUUACAAAGAGUGAUGGACUUGCAAGAAUCAUUACACACUGCCUCUUCAAUCUGUGACAGAGGAAGAAGGUUGGAUCAAAGUUUCUUGAGCUUGUUGAAUUGCACAUUACAAAUACCUCUCUGUACUGGACAUGAAAAUGUUUUCAAAAAAUAAUUAAUGAAAGUGCAGUACAACAUACAGUGCUUGAAAAAAAGUGGUUGUUUAGUCAUCUGAUAUGACCAACAAGUUCACUGUCAGUCAACUAUUGAAAUAUUAGUGGCCAAUAUUAAUGGCUGAGAUGACCAACUAGUUCAACAGUCAACUAUUUUACAGUGAAGUCAAGAGUCUGGCUGGACUUCAAAAUUGGCUCAUUUUUUUCAUUCUUGUAAAAUCUAAUUUUUGCAAUAACACAUGUGAAACACUUCUCACACACUGCUGGGAGCCAUGCCAAGCCCAACCAUGCAGCCUGACCUAUAUUAACAGAACAACAUAGCUGUCUUACAAUGACACAAAAAAA